GGCUGCUGGACGUGUUUGCUGUGAGCUGCGAGCGAAUUGAAUUGAAUCGAAACUAAAGGCCAAGCCAGAAAACUUGGGGAUAGGCGGACGAACCGACAGACAACAGACAGACAGACGGACAAAGGGCCACGGGAAAUCAGCAAAAUUAAUUAAUAUUCCUCGCCCGUGCUAAUGUUGUGAAUAGUUGCAGCAUUCGCAUAGACCCGUCAAGUGAUUGCCCGUCGUUUGGGUGCGUGCAAAGAGAAGUAGGUUACGGCGGAAAGAAUUCUGAGGUCGGAUGGUCGGUGGGCCGUGGAAAGCGUUCACAAAUUUUCCGUGUGCAUGUGUGUAGGCCGCGGGGUGUCGAGGAAAUGCAGCGCGAGUGUCACAAAGGCGACAAAGGCGAAGUGCAAAUGGCUUGAUAGCGAAUAUCAAAUGAACGAACCAGCCCAUUUCCCAAAUACUUCGAUUUAUACUACCCAGCCGACAAGGGAAAAGUGAUAUUUUUACAACUGUGGCUUGCUUUUGCACAGUCCAAAGCAACCCACACAGACACAGACACACACAGACAGACACAAACACACACAGACAGACAGGGGGUAUCAAGCGGAAGACACACAAACACACACGACAACUAUAUAGCAAUAUAUGCCCAUUGAGUGCCUUAUAUCAUUUGAUAAUAAUCCACAAGGUGUCUACUAUGCCGGACAGGAGCUAUCCGGAGUUGUUGAUCUCAGCGUCGACGCCACCAAACGCAUUAAAGGCAUCCACGUCACCGUCAGCGGCUAUGCCAAGAUACGCUGGAUAAAAAAGGGAUAUCCGCGCGACAGCGAGCGAGCCAUGUGCCGCGCCUACCGAUCGUACCUGUCCUCGCGGUCCUACGUCCUCGGGUCCUGCGCGAACAACUCGAGCAUCGACUGGCCGGCCGGCGAGUACUCGUACACCUUCCACGUCAUUCUGCCCGACAACCUGCCCACGUCCUUCGAUGGCAAGUACGGCCAGAUUCACUACGAGAUCAUCACGACCAUCGAGCGGGCCGGUCGCUACCCGAAGGUCUUCAAGCUGCCAUUUACCGUGAUACAACCCUUGGACCUGAAUGCCGACGCCAUUUACAGGGUGCCUUUGGAGAUUCUCGAUCGGAAGCGCUUCUGGAGCUUUUGCUGCCCCACGGGUCCGUUGACGGUGAAGUUCUCGACGCCGUACUGCGGAUAUGCACCCGGCCAGAAGAUCCACUUCGUGCUGUACAUCAACAACGAGUCCUCGAUCGACAUCACCGAGUGCGAGGUGAAGCUGAAGCAGGAGGUGAGCUACGAGUCGCACGAUCCGCAGCACGAGUACCGCUACGACAAGCACCUGAUCGCCCGGAAGCAGUUCGGAAACGUUUUGCGAUGGUCGCGGAAGGUGUACCGAGGGUAUCUGGACCUGCCUUCGAUUCCGCCCACUUCGGUGAAGCCCACGUGCCCCAUUAGUGUUAACUAUUCGAUUAAGAUCAUCGUGAACCCCACGGAGUUCCACUGGAAGCUGAAGCUCAAGAUUCCGCUCACCAUCGGCAGCAUUCCGAUCAUGGAUGGCCCAGAGGCCCUGCUGCGAUUCAAUCGCCAGCAGCAACAGCACCAAGUAGCUAGUCAAAAUUUACAAAUGUCCACGCAGCAGCGCGACAGGAACGCUGAUCUGGAUCGAGACAGGGAUCGGGAUCGCGAUCGGGAUCGGGACCGGACAGGUGCCUCAGUUCAGCAGCAACACCUCAGCAGCAUCAACAACAACAAUCAUGGACGCUUUGCGGGUGGACUACUGCCGACCAAUAGCAAUAUGAAUAUGAUAGUAAACGCAAGUCCCACGCCCACGAGCUCCACGCCCUCAUCAACGCCAACAACUGCCGCCCUCAGGCCCACGGCCAUGCCAGCGAUAUUGGUGACCAGCGAUAGCGAUAAUCCCCCGGACUAUAUACCCAUGAUGCCACCAUCGUAUGAAGAUGCCAUGGCUCUAAGUGAGAAAUUCAGCGAUGAUACUGAGUUCUUGACCAACGUUAGCAUGAGCAGCAUUUUGUCCGCUCAGGCUGAUGUUACCACAAGUGAGCCCUUUAAGCCGCGUUAUCCGGUCUAUUACGAUUAUGAGACACCGACCAUACCGCCCGAGAGGCUUUACGAUGAGUCCAGUGCCCAGCUGCGUCUCACACUCAGCUGCCAGGAUUCGGUGCCAGCGGAAGCGGAAGUGGAUGAGGAGGUGACCCCGAACGCACCUGUAGGAGAGUUUUUCGUCUGCGAAAAGAAAUGAGACGGCCUGGGAUCAAAUUAUUUGCGAAGAGCUGCAUCAAAUGUUAACCUACAAGGCAUCUCCAAAAACACUUACAUAUUUACUGGAAAUCAAAAUAUUAUAAAAAUCUAUAAUUCAAACCAAGGCGCUAACGUAUAGUAUAGUAGUUCUUAAGUCUGAGCCGUAAAUGAGAACUGAAGACAGCAGAACGGACACAUUUAAAAAUAAAACAAUACAGAAUGGUAUAUAUUUUGCAGAAAUAUUAAAACUAUCUAAACUAACAUGGAUUUACUUUUAAAUUCAUUUAAUUUUACUCGCAGGUUAUUUAUUUUUUUGUCCUGCCUAUCUUCUAUCAAGCCUUUGCUUUUUCUAAUCUCUGCUCUUUUCUGAGUCUAAUUUCAUCUUUAAUCUUAAACAACCCAAAUUAUUAUUAUUUUUAAAAUAUAUUGCAAAUUGUAAACAGAUAUAGGGCUGAACCAAAGUGAUCGCUGGCAACAUAUAUACGAACAACGUAGUGAAAAGUUAAAUGAAAUCCUUUAGCCCUAAGACUAAGAUAAACCCCAACAAAAUCUGCACAAUUUUACCUAAAGGAGACUCUAAAUUAAACAAGAAAUUAACUUUUAUCAAUAUUGAAUAUUGUAUUUAUAAAGUAUCUAUGAGAAAUUUACAAGAAAGAUUAGCCAAAUUGUAUUUAGUUUUUUAUUAUUUUACAUUGCUACACCCACGAAAGUCUUAUUGUAGUUGAAUCAAGUCAUCACAUCAACCUAACCACUAACACAUAUAUUUUGUAACUAAAUAUAAAAAGUGUCUUUUGCUCUAGUUUAUAUACAAGCGUUUGAAUUUAGAUUGUGAAGCCCUCUUACUACUUUGUACUUCCUCUGAUUUUCAAGCCAGUCUAAUCAGCAAACAUAUAAGUCUAUUCCUAAGUCUUAACUGUCUUCAAUUCGAUUCAAUCCAAUUUAAUAAAGCUAAACAAACAAAAUAUGAUAUCUAUA